AUGCCUCUGGAGCCGGUGGCUUCCAGAGACCAGGAGAUGCGCUUUUUAGACAGCAACAGGCAGCUCAAAAACGAUGUAUACAACUACUACAAUGUGUCCGGCACAAACUACAAAGGUCCUCCUGAGGUGGAACGAAUCCAGUUGGCAUUUGAAUCUGGCAUUGACGAAGAAAUUGAUUACUAUCUUGGACACCUUGUGUUUAUUUCCAAGGACAAUCCGGAACUUCUAAAGUUCAAGAGCGGUUUUGCAUUUUUAAUUGAGCCUCUAUCACGGUUUUUUGAUUGCAAAGCCUUUGAUCCACAGGCAGAAAAUGGGGAUAUCAAUAGAUCACUUGAUGCUGCUUUGAUAAUCCGCAAUACUGUCCAAGACAUUGACAACUCGCAGGUCAUUUCAAUGAAUUUCAAGAUCAAAGAGGUCCUCAUGAAGAUUGUGAACCAUCCUGUUAUUUUGGAUAAUUGUUUUACUAGCGAAUCAUAUGAGCAACUCAAAGAGCUCCUAAGGUACUCGAUGGAUAUCAUAGAGGCGAUCUCUUCAUAUUUGGCGCCUGCCCCGCUAGACGAUCCCAUGUUUUUGUCCCUUACAAAUCUUCUACAAACCGUGCAAGAUCGAUCUGUGAUAAUCACCGCACUCAGAUCAUUGAGUAGACUCAUGUACAACACCAGAAAGGAAGGCGAUGCUGCUGAUCAUCUAGACGAUGAGCUUGUGGACCGCGUGGUUUCAUACCUUGCUUUUGCCGUGAAUGAGGACAAUGAUAACGAUGAGUUGCUCAUUACGGCGUUGGAUUUCUUAUAUCAAUUCAUCUUGCCAGGACGGUCGGCAAAGCUUUUGAAGAAUCCUACAAACUGCUUUGUCUUGCAAACUUUUCUUCCGAGACUUCUGACUUACAAGCAAAAGUACAAAACUGAAUUCACGCAGGAAAUGCCUAUGUUGAAGCUUGCAAAAAGAUCGAAAGAGGAAAGUCCGGCAAACCCUCCUACUUUACCAGAAAAUCUAAUAGCCUCCCUGAACAAUCUUCCGGAACCCAACAGGGCCACAGCAUGGAUGAGAUGCUCGUAUAGGGCGACCGAGGAAGGAGAUGUGACACAGAUUUCACUAUGGAGAUCAUAUGAGGCACAGUUUCAAAAGUAUUCUUCAGCAGGAUCCAACUUGCGCUUGCUUCCUGCCGUUGAUUUUAUCAAAAAUGUACAACACGCGUUUCCAAAUUCCAAUGCAAUGGUAUUGACUUUACCUGACGGUACGCGAAAAUUCAUCAUCAAGGGAAUUGAGCCCAGAGCUGUACCUGUCGAUAUAGAUCAAGGCAAGGUUGAGGCACUGACAGAUAGAGCUACCGCAUCGGACCGUGGUGGAAGUUCCAAGAACAAUAUGCAAGAACCAUACCAUCCAGUACCAUACAGUUUCAACGACAGCCUUGCCUUGACGGAAAUAAAUACCUCCGCUAGUUUGUUGAUUACUGAGCUGCUUGCGACGAAAAAAGGCCAGGAGCUAUUUGUUGGACACAAAGAAAAGUUGCUAGACAGUGUACUGAAGGUUCCUAAGCUUUUGCCUUACAUCCACGAGGCGCUUCAAAAACUAAAUUAUUAA